GUACUAUCUUUGCACUUUUGAUUUGCUGACUGGCAACUUGACUUCCUCCUAGUGAAACAUCAACAAAUGUUAACUAGGAUCCUCCUUCCUACUCACAGCUGCAUCAUGCGACUGCAGCCCACACAGAUCACUUUAUAUAGACUAUUCAGACAGGUUUUUCUGUAGAAUCGUCCUGGCCACUGCAGAUAUGAGGUCUGGAGGAUUCGUUUCGGUAUCCAGACCGGUCAUAACGUCCAUCGUUCUCAUCUUAUCGCUCUAUUGUUUUCAUGUGUUUGCGCUCAAGUCGCAACUUUUGACGAGGCAUGGCGGGGUUACAGAUCUCAAUGCUCAAGACACCGUCAUCAACUAUGAAACAUGCUAUUUUGACCAGAAGAUCGAUCACUUUGGUUUCCUGGAGGAUGGCACCUUUAAGCAGAGAUACCUGGUUAAUAAUGAACACUGGGAUCAGAAGGGAGGGCCUAUCUUGUUCUACACCGGCAAUGAAGGAGACAUUACCUGGUUCUGCAAUAACACUGGUUUCAUGUGGGACGUUGCAGAGGAUCUGGGAGCCAUGUUGGUUUUUGCAGAGCACCGUUACUAUGGAGAAUCACUGCCGUUUGGACAAGACUCUUACAGUGACAACAAGCACCUGAAUUACCUGACGUCGGAGCAGGCGCUAGCUGACUUCUCUGUGCUGAUCAGAGAACUGAAGAGGAAGGUGCUUGGAGCUCGGGAAAGUCCUGUGAUCGCCAUCGGAGGGUCCUACGGAGGGAUGCUCUCUGCCUGGUUGAGAAUGAAAUACCCCAAUGUCGUUGUUGGAGCCCUGGCUGCCUCUGCUCCCAUAUGGCAGUUCCCUGACAUGGUUCCAUGUGGAGAUUUCUAUAAGAUAGUCACCCAGGACUUCGCCAGGAGUGGACUGAACUGUGACGCGAACAUCAGGAGGUCCUGGAAGGCCAUCGACAACAUCACAGCAACUGAUGACGGCCUCCGAUGGCUGUCCGGAGAGUUUAGCUUAUGUUCCCCACUCAAGAAGACGUACUUGGAUGGUUUUAAGGCCUGGCUCCAAGAGACCUGGGUGAAUCUGGCCAUGGUUGACUACCCUUACGAAGCUAACUUCCUCCAACCGCUCCCACGCUGGCCAAUACAGGUGGUGUGCAAACACCUUAGCUUUGACCCCAGCAGUGUGUUAGACUACCAGCUGUUAGGGGGCGUCUCUGAAGCUGCUAGAGUCUACUACAACCACACAGGAAACUGUCCUUGUCUCAACACUUCCACUACGGCUACAGGGAACCUGGCCUCCAUCGGCUGGUACUACCAGGCGUGUACAGAGAUGGUGAUGCCACUCUGCACUGAUGGGGUGCAGGACAUGUUUGAGCCCCAGGACUGGAACUUCCAGGCCUUCUCAGAUGAGUGCAACUCCCUGUUCGGGGUGCGUCCUCGGGCUGACUGGGCAGCGACCGUCUACGGGGGACUGGACAUUGCUUCUCACAGCAACAUCAUCUUCAGUAACGGAGGACUGGACCCGUGGUCAAGUGGUGGGGUGACCCGAAACAUCUCUGACUCGGUGGUUGCCAUAGUGAUACCUGACGGAGCUCACCACCUGGACCUACGCUACAACAACGAGUAUGACCCUCACACCGUCCUCUCAGCCCGCAUCCAGGAGGUGGAAUACUUCAAACUGUGGAUCACACAGGCCAGGAAACUACGAAUACCAGGUUAAAUCAGUCUGAACUACAACUGCCAGGCUAAAUCACUCUGAACUACAACUACCAGGUUAAAUCACUCUGAACAACAACUGCAAGGCUAAAUCAUUCUGAACUACAACUACCAGGUUAAAUCACUCUGAACUACAACUCCCAUGCUAAGUCAAUCUGAACUACAACUACCAAGCUAAAUAAUUCUGAACUACAACUACCAGGUUAAAUCACUCUGAACUACAACUCCCAUGCUAAGUCACUCUCUCUGAACUACAACUCCCAGGUUAAAGCACUCUGUUACUACAAUUAUUAAAUCAAGCAGAACUAAAACUGCCAGACUAAAUCACUUUGAACUUAAACACCCAGGGUUGGCCUGAAAUGUCACCCUAUUCCCUAUAUAGUGCACUACUUUUAUCCAGGACCCCCUAGGACUCUGGUCAGAAGUAGGCCAGUAGAUGCAAGCCCCAGCCUCUCAGACUACCUGAAGCUGAAAGACCAUAGCAUAUAACAUGUGGCUUUGUUGCAAUGCCCUCUCUAGCAUACUACUAAGAAGGGAGCAAUGUAUUGAACGUGUAUUCUAAGUGAUAUGCUACUGUGGACAUUGAAACUAAGGCUUUUGUUUGCAUCCCAAAAGUGACCCUAUACCCUAUAUAGUGCACUACUUUAGACCAGAACACUAUGGGACCCUAUACCCUAUAUAGUGCACUACUUUAGACCAGAACACUAUGGGACCCUAUACCCUAUAUAGUGCACUACUUUAGACCAGAACACUAUGGGACCCUAUACCCUAUAUAGUGCACUACUUUUGACCAGAGCCCAUAUGGACCCUGUUUAAAAAGGAGUGCACUAUGUAGGGAAUAGGGUGCCAUAUAAUACCAAUGUUCUCUACCACCAAAAUGUACUGAUGUAUUUUCAGGGGAAUAUUGUUUUUUCAGAUGUGUUGAGUUUUUAAGGAAGAUCUACUUACACCAAUAAUCAGGUUUAGUGAAGUAACAAUUUCAAUGUUGAUUUCAAAUGAUUGUUUACAGUGUUCUCUGUUUCGUACCAAAGUCUCUCUUCAAUAAGAGUGUCAGAAAGGGCUAGAAUAUCAACUGUUAAAAACGGAAAUAAAUAUUUUCUUAAUUUUGAAAAUUAAAGACAUUUUCACAUAACACCAGAUUAGAUCAUUCACUUACAGUAUUUAUGAAUUGUGUUUAAUUGAAGUUUGAUAACUUACACAUACAUACUGUAUAUCAGAACAACAAUUUAAUUUGUUUAUUGGGAUAAUUAGUACAAUUUUUUAUUUUUUUAUUUAACAACUCUCAGGAAAAACGUAUGUUGUUUUUUUUGUUAGUGUUUACAAUUCGUUGUAAUUGACCAUUUCUGUUAAACUAGAAUUAGCAUUUAGUCAGAGAUUCUAAGGGUUUUUCCAAAACAAUUGAUAACAUUCACUUGUAGUUUACAGUUUUUAUACUACGACCUGAGUUGUAUUUGGUCCAGAAAUAGACCCAUAUUUAACCACGGCAGCAGAAGGGCUGGACCCAGCAGUGUCUCUCAAUGUCGUGUUAACAUGUUUCAUUGACUUUAAUGGCUGUUCAGUAAUACCCCUUUAAUGGCUGUUCAGUAAUAUCCCUUUAUUGGCUGUUCAGUAAUAUCCCUUUAAUGGCUGUGGCUGUUCAGUAAUAUCCCUUUAAUUGCUGUGGCUGUUCAGUAAUAUCCCUUUAAUGGCUGUGGCUGUUCAGUAAUAUCCCUUUAAUGGCUGUGGCUGUUCAGUAAUAUCCCUUUAAUGGCUGUGGCUGUUCAGUAAUAUCCCUUUAAUUGCUGUGGCUGUUCAGUAAUAUCCCUUUAAUGGCUGUUCAUUAAUAUCCCUUUAAUGGCUGUGGCUGUUCAGUAAUAUCCCUUUAAUUGCUGUGGCUGUUCAGUAAUAUCCCUUUAAUGGCUGUGGCUGUUCAGUAAUAUCCCUUUAAUGGCUGUUCAGUAAUAUCCCUUUAAUGGCUGUGGAUGUUCAGUAAUAUCCCUUUAAUGUCUUACUGCUAUUGUCAUGUGUUGUUCCCAGAUUAAAAGCAAUGUUAUUUUGA